AUGGAUGUGGUGUCGAGGAUGGUGGCUGAGGAGGGUCGGACGAGGGCCACUGACUUCUCAAUAGCUGCUAUCAUGGCGAGGAGUACGGACCAGCCGCGCAGCCCUGGAGCCAGCUCGCCUUAUCUCGGUCCAUCUUCAAGACAGAGUUCCCCAGCAUCUUUAAGCUCCCCCGCAUCAAGUUGUCGUUCACCAGUUCCUGAAGAAGAUGUCGAGGUGGAUGUGGAGCAGUGCUCUGAUGGAGAAAGAGAUGCCUCGGACACUGCUGCACCAUCGCCCGCCCCUUCGUCAGAGUUAGGUGAAAGGGACACCCCUUCCCCGGCGCGGCCUCUGCCGACACCGGUGACAUCUUGUAACUGUGAGGAACUGCUCUCUGUCGACUGCCAGUUGGAGACAAAGGAACUUUGGGACAAGUUCCACGACCUCGGAACAGAGAUGAUCAUAACCAAAACUGGAAGACGAAUGUUCCCGACGGUGCGAGUAUCAUUCGCGGGAUGCCGAGCGGAGGCUCGUUACGCCGUGUUGCUGGACGUGGUGCCGGUGGACGGCAAGCGGUACCGGUACGCCUACCACCGCUCCUCCUGGCUGGUGGCCGGCAAGGCGGACCCUCCCGCGCCGGCGAGACUAUACCCGCACCCCGACUCGCCCUUCUCCGGGGAUCAGCUGCGCAAGCAGGUCGUCUCCUUCGAGAAGGUCAAACUCACCAACAACGAGAUGGACAAAAAUGGACAGAUUGUACUCAACUCUAUGCAUAGAUACCAGCCUCGCAUCCACCUGGUGAAGGUGAGGGAUGGAGGUGGUCCUAUCACAGAUCUAUCCCGGGAGCAACACAGGACCUUCAUCUUCCCGGAGACCGUGUUCACAGCUGUCACCGCCUAUCAGAACCAGCUAAUCACCAAGCUUAAGAUCGACUCCAACCCAUUCGCCAAAGGAUUCCGGGAUUCAUCUAGACUCACUGAUUUUGAUAGAGAUCCUAUGGAGCUGAUGUUGAUGGAGCAGCAGCUGCUUCGUUCUCCGCUUCGACUGUACUCCGGCAGCAGUAGCGAGGAAGAAGCUGAGAAGAGAGCAGCCUGGGCUAGAACACCUCCUGCGCUUCAGCUACUAGCACUAGGCGGCAGAGCUUGGCCGUCAGCUUGGCCGCAACCCCUCGCGAUUCCACCAGAUCUCUGGCUUCAGAAGCCCCCGCCACCCAUGAGAUACUGUCCAUAUCCUCCACCGGCACACCCCUCAGCGAAUCCUCCCCGGCCUGAACACGCGCCCUCGCCACGACAUCCAAUGUAA